AUGAUGUACCUGCAGGUGAUUGCGGUGCAGUAUUGUGUGGAGCCAGAGAACGCUAACAGUGCGGGCGAUCAGGAGGACGUUAACAGUUUCACGAGGGCGCUGUACAGGGGAUCUGUGAUUACUAGUGCGGCCAAAGAAGUGGAGGCCAAUCGGCAGUGGCAGGAGCUGUUUCAAAGAAUGGAUUCGGAGGAGGUUCGUGCGUACAUUCAAAAGCUGACCGACGACAACGAUAACAUGAUUGUCCAAACGAAAUGCCUUCAUAGCGAGCUGCAGUGGCUCUCAUCUCGCUACGCCAUUCUACAAUAUCAAAACAUAUUUCUUCGGUUUCUGCAUCUAAGACGCUCAGUAAAAUCAGUGAUUUAUGGAGAAUUGGUCUCCGAAAUUAUGUAA